UCGUCCUCUUUAUCCUCCCCAUCCUCUUCAUCCUCGCUUGCCAAGCGCGUUUCCCUCUCUCCCCAUUGGCUGAACUCCCUGAGAGCUCGGUGCGGAGGAGGCGCCGGGCACUUCGAAGGCAGCCAGGGUCUGGGAAUUUUCCUGCAUUAUUUUGAGAAAAUAAUUUUAUGUUGAGGAGCAAUACAACUUCCUGGAAUUCCAGGUUAUGCUGUUUCUGUGUUCCUGACUUUGUUUACAUCGGGGACGUGUGGCUCGGAGCUCAGCAGCCGGAUAUGUUACUGACCCACGUCAGAUUUGGAAUGAUACUUGGGAAGAUUACAGCUGUAGUGAAGGAUGAUACAAGAUACACAGAAGGAUGUCUGCCUGUGAGGACCCAGAAGUGCUACGCUGUCAAGCCUGGCAUCAGUGAAUUCCUUGACACAGCUCGCAGAACAUACAGGGAAAUUGUUGAUGACACAGCAGGUAUUUCUAAACUGAAAUUGAUAUGUGCUUUGGGUUGAAAGUACAUUGCACUAGACCAACAGAAGCCUUGUAAUUCUAAUGCAGUUAUAGAUGAUGUGUGUUACGUGUAUUGUGAAGGUCUGUACCCUUCUCAUAGGUAAAAAAGUAUUCAGUGUUGGUGUGAAUUGAUAGUCAUUGAUAAGCAACUGAGGUUCUCUAGUUCUGGAGGAAAAAAUCAGUUUCAUUUCAAUAAAAUGGAAUAAUUACAUGGUGAUUCCUACAUUCCAAACUCUGUUAGUCCUUGCCCUCUCAAAGUGCAAAAAAGUUGAAGUAAGGGAACAGGAUCGCUCCACCUAAAACAU